AUGGCUCACCAUUUUUCAAACCAGGCCUUGGGUUGCUUUCUCUUAUUUUCUCUAGUUUUGCCUUCUCUUUCAACCUUUUCUCAUGCUCAUUUACAUGGUGUAUUUCCCAUUUUUGAGCCAACAGAACCUACAACAUUCCCAGAAAUUGGUGAUGUUCCACCAGCUGAAGUUCAUGAAAAUGAUUUCAAUAAAACUUUUGCCAAUGAAAGGCUAGAAAAUGCCUAUGUUGCUCUUCAAGCAUGGAAAAAGGCUAUUUACUCUGACCCUUUUAACACAACUGGUAACUGGGUUGGUUAUGAUGUUUGCUCCUACAAUGGUCUGUUUUGUGCUCCUGCUCUUGAUGAUCCCACAUUGAGUGUAGUUGCUGGUAUUGAUCUUAACGAUGCAGACAUUGCUGGGCACCUCCCAGAAGAGUUAAGCCUCUUGAAAGAUAUUGCGCUUUUCCACAUCAACUCAAAUAGAUUCUGUGGAAUUGUACCACAGAGCUUAGAGAAUCUCACUCUUUUGUUUGAGUUUGAUAUCAGCAACAACCGCUUUGUUGGUGGUUUUCCUUCUGUGGUCCUUACAUGGCCAAGCUUGAAGUACUUGGAUAUCAGAUACAAUGAAUUUGAUGGAGCUUUACCUUCACAGCUAUUUGAGAAAGAUCUUGAUGCAAUAUUCUUGAACAACAACCGUUUCACAUCUAUUAUCCCAGAAACUCUAGGAAAAUCCAAGGCCUCGGUUGUGACUUUUGCUAACAACAAAUUCUCAGGUUGCAUUCCAAAAUCUAUUGGGAACAUGGGGAACUUGAAUGAGAUUGUCUUCAUGGGCAAUGGACUUGGAGGUUGCUUCCCACAAGAGCUUGGUUUACUACAAAAUGUGACUGUUUUGGAUGCUAGCAAUAAUGGGUUUGUAGGGACUCUACCUAACUUGUCAGGAUUGAAGAAUGUGGAGGUCAUAGACAUCGCACAUAACAAGCUUAGUGGAUAUGUGUCUAACACUAUUUGCCAGCUACCUUUGUUGAAGAACUUCACAUUUUCUGACAACUACUUCAAUGGGGAAGCUCAAACUUGUAUCGCUUCUUCCAACUCAUUGGUUGCUUUUGAUGACUCAAGCAAUUGUUUAUCAGGAAAAAAGAAUCAAAAGACAUCCAAGCAAUGCUUACCGGUGCUAACUCGCCCUGUGGACUGUAGCAAGCACUGUGGUGGAGGCAAUGGGAAUAGCCAUGUCCCCUCAACACCAAAACCAACUCCAUCCCCUAAGGCUAAACCACCUCCAACACCAAAGGCAGAGCCACCUCCAACACCAAAGACUAAGACACCUCCAACACCAAAGGCUGAGCCACCUCCAACACCAACACUUCCACCAGUUGAAGAUAUCCCACCAACACUCCCACCAGUUGAGGAUAUCCCACCAACAUUACCACCAGUUGAGGAUAUUCCACCAACACUUCCACCAGUUGAAGAUAUCCCACCAACACUCCCACCAGUUGAGGAUAUUCCACCAACAUUACCACCAGUUGAGGAUAUCCCACCAUCAAGUGCACCAAUGCCAUCACCUCCUGUAACUUUUCAGUCACCUCCUGCACCUGUCCACUCACCACCACCACUAGUACACUCUCCUCCACCACCUGUCCACUCACCACCACCACCACCAGUUCACUCUCCUCCUCCCCCCAUCCACUCACCACCACCGCCACCAGUACACUCUCCUCCACCACCUGUCCACUCACCACCACCACCAGUUCACUCCCCACCACCCCCUGUCCACUCACCACCACCACCACCAGUUCACUCCCCACCACCCCCUGUCCACUCUCCACCACCACCACCACCAGUUCACUCCCCACCACCCCCUGUCCACUCACCACCACCACCACCAGUUCACUCUCCUCCACCACCACCAGUUCACUCUCCUCCACCACCAGUACACUCUCCUCCACCUCCUGUCCACUCACCACCACCACCACCAGUUCACUCUCCUCCACCCCCUGUCCACUCACCACCACCACCAGUUCAUUCUCCACCUCCACCAGUUCACUCUCCACCACCACCAGUCCACUCCCCACCUCCACCAGUUCACUCUCCUCCUCCACCAGUUCAUUCUCCACCACCACCACCAGUCCACUCACCACCACCACCAGUUCACUCUCCACCACCACCCCCUGUGUACUCACCACCACCACCAGUUUACUCUUCUCCUCCACCACCAGUCCAAUCUCCACCAACACAAACAUGGGAUGACAUUGUCCUUCCACCAUUCUUCGGAGCUGAAUACAGAUCACCUCCUCCCCCAACAAUUACUGGAUACUAA